AGUCCAGUCCGCUCCGCACAGCCGGAGCCGCCGGAGCAGCAGGAGCAGCAGGAGCAGCAGGAGCAGCCUUCCUCCCCUCCUCCUCCUCCCUUUUCUCCUCCCCCGCUGCUGUGUCAAAAGAUUAACAGACCCCCACACUGCAGGGAGGCGACAGCAUUCGCAGAUCCGGAUCCAGAUCAAGCCCUCUGCAGGGGAAAAAAACCCCCUCCAAAACCCGGAGCGUAUAGGACCGAGCCGAACCGGGAAGGAAGACAUCUGCGCUGAAAGCGAGGGGGGAAAUCUUUUAACUAUGAGACGAGUUUUUCUUUUUAAUUCCUCAGCACCUUCAUCACCGGGCUUCUCGGUGGAGCUCUUCCCGGAGCGUGAGCGGCCAAAGACCCGGACAGUGACACUUUUAUCGGCUCAUCAUCGACACUAAAGGAGGGAGGGGGGAUCCACUUAUUGGCCACCCGACUGCGCUUCUAAAUCACGCCAGGACGAUUGAGCCCAAGUGCAAUACGAAUGGUUUGGGCAUGGUGCCCACGCCCCAGGUGUGCGUAUCAACCCUGGUCACGGUGAGCACGAUGGCGGUGGUGGACCUCUACCUGCUGGAGCAGAGCAUGCUGGGAGCUCGCGGCAUGUCUGGACCCAGCGUGUGGCAGUACGUGGCGGUUCUGCUGGGCGACGCCUGCUUCCUGCUCGCCCUGCGCUUCGUCUCGGCCGGCGUGGUUUCCGAGGCGCAGUCGUCGCGCCGCGGUUUCGCCAACGCCCUGUGGUUCCUCUUCCUGUCGCUGCUGCAGCUGAAGCUCUUCUUCGUCUGCCACAACUACAGGCAGGAGCGGCGGCCGCCCGACCCGCUGGCCAGGAAGACGCUGACGCUGCUGCUGUCCAUCUGCCUGCCCUCCCUGUUCCUCAUCCUCACUGGCGCCGAUCACAUGACUCCUCAGCGCAGGAAGCAGGAAGUGCGGAGCAGGCUCCUGUGGGUCGUCGUCGACCUCCUGGACGUUCUGGACCUGCAGGCGGGGCUUUGGGAAGCCCAGGGCGGGUCUGGAGGCGUUGUUGAGCAGAGGCUGCCGAUCUGGGCGGAAGGCCUUGUCUUCUUCUACUGCUACGCGCUUUUGCUGCUGCUGCCGUGCGUGGCGCUGACGGAGCUGGGCGCCACCGGGCUGCCCGGGCAGAGGGGCCCCCGCCGGGAGGCUCUGUACCCCUGGCUCAGCUUGGUCACCAUCAACAUCUUCACCCUGGCUCUUCGGGGAACCGGCAUGCUGUGGUACAGAGACUCCCGCGUGUCGACUGUGUUUCUAGGGAAAAACUUACUGGCGCUGGCCGUGAAACUGAGCUCAGCCUGGGAGAAACACAAGCAGGAGCGUGGCGCUUCAGGGGCCAGAACCGUGGCUGGAUCGGAACCAGAUGCCACCACCGCGCCGCCGAGCCAGAACUCAGAGCAGGACGAGGGCCAGGCUCAGGGGAAAGCUCCUCCUGCUCAUUUCCACACACUAACGCGCUCACAAAGCCACACUCUGUCCCACGUCAGCCUGGAGCCGACGGCGGCCCCUCUGGGGCCGUCUUUUAUCUCCCAUGAACUGUAGAGAAUCACACCCAACAUGCAUGCAUGCAAAUACUGUAUGUACGCACACAGAGGCGUCACAAGCCCUCCAGCAGACCGGAGCCGGCGUCGCCUCCCAGCAGAUAACAGCGGCGGGCAGAACGUGAAGCUGUGGAAAUGCAUUUGGCACGCUCGUCUGUUCGUGCAUUACAUCGCGCUGGGAGCAACUUGAAAUGCAUUGUUGUGAUUUGUGGGAUUGCAUUUUUAGAGUCAACACUGUGAGCAGCACUGCCAGACUGUAAAGCGUGUUGUAGAGAUGUUGAAGCCUAGUGAGUACUCUCUGUUGUAUAAUGGAGGCUUAACUGCCUUACCUCUCUCAGUUUGUUGUCCUCUUGACAAAUAUAUUUUUAAACUUAUUUCUACUUCUUGUUAAAUAUCCGUUAGUAACGAAGUUGAAUUUUUACAGUUCUUUGGAGAAACUGGAUCAUUAGAUGCCAAAAUCUGUGCUGUGACCUUUCAGAACGCAUUUUCUGUCAUUCCACAUUAGAAAGAUUUAAUACAGAGACGAGGUGAUGCUUCCUUCGGUACCAAAGAGGCAAGAUUGAACAUCUAAAUGAAGAAAAGUCCCACUGUACCCUUCUGCACUGUGGUUUAUUGUUUUAAUGUAAAGUUUAACCCAGGUGAUGUUUCCCUGGUUAGGUAAUUCACAAUUCAUUUUAUGUGAAUAAAAAGUAGAAAGAUUAGUCGGAACAAUGGUAAUAUAAUGUAUAAUGGGAAAAAUACGUUUAGAACAUGUUGGUAAAAGUAUUUCUAAUGGGCCUUUGAAAUUCACACAAUUAAUGCAAAAAGUCUAGAAAGAAAUGAAAACGAUCACGUCCAUAAGAUAAGUUAUUUAUAAUAAGUAAAUAAGAAAAAAACAUAUCAUGCAAUGAGACAAAGAAAGCCAAAAAACAGCUGAAAUAAAUCCUGAUUUCUUCCCAUCACUGCAAAUUUAUAUCAACUAGUUCAGCUUUAAUUGAUGGCCUAUGAAAAGAUUUCUCAUUACAGAGUAAAGAGCUCCCUUAAAACCUUAUUGUUGCAAAACUAAGAUAUACUUCUAACCAUAUGAAUGUCCCAGUUAGCACUAUUCCAGAUUAUUCUGUAAUCUGGAAGUGGAAACAGCAUAUUUUUAUUAUGAUCAAGUAUUAAUGCAAUAUUUCUGACAGAGAAGUGGGAAGACUAAUCUAAAGACGAAUUAAACCGAACAAAGUUUCCAUUGAAAUGAUAAAUUCACUCAACUACAAUGGCGUUUGUACACACUCACAGCACAAGACUCCACUGCUGAAGAAAAAACCUAAUUUGGUCAGAUGGGGCCAAAACUAUUUGAAUGUGAGGAAGAAUAGAAAUCUCCAUCAUCCCAAAAACACAACACAAACGAAAGGUUGGAGGUGGAAGCAUCAUGAUGUGUGGCUACUUUUCAGCAUUUUUGGGAACAUAUCGUUUAUCAUUUAUCGUGAGAAAAUUCUUUAAAACUUUUUGAUACAUUUCGGUUAUUGAUGUUAAAUAAAAAAAACCAAAACUUACAUUAUGGUUGAAAAUGUUUUUUUUGUUAUUUUCUCAGCAUCAAUGAACAUUAGUAAAUUCAAAAACAUAAUAAAAUGCAGCUACUGUGUGCAGCUUAGUGAUGUAAUUUACACUUUUCAGUAAGUAGGUGAUGAAGGCUUUUUGAAUGGGAACAUUGUCUGUGUUUUUGGUGCCAUGAAUGCUGUUCCAUGCUGUCACAGCCAAACAAUUGAUUAAAAAUUUUUUUUAUCUUAAUCGUUAUCACAAUAGUACAAUAAAAUAUCGCAAUAAAACCUUCAAGUCCAUAUCGUUCACUCCUAGUACAGACUAGUUUCUCUAAAAAAGAUAUUGAAUAAAUCUUAAUUUCCCAUUUGUUAUUCCACUUUACUAAUUUUUUGGACUAGCUUGUGCUGCUUCUUUUCUAUAUGUGUGGUUUUACUGGGCUGGUUACUGACAUACUGGUGUGACUUUCAUGUGAAUGGGCCCAUUAGGAACAUAUGUACUGGGAACAGCCUGUGUUCUAUACUUAUUUUCCCCAGUAACUGCUAAUGUGAUCAGGAUGCCUUCUGGGCGCCUCACUUUGAAGAGUUUCUGGAUGCGUCCCACUGGAAGAAAACCUCCGGGCUGACCCAGAACGCGCUGAAGGGAACACAUCUCCCUUCCGGCCCAGAAAUGCUCCAGAACCCCCUAUGGGCUUAUUACCUCCACAAGAAGUGGGAAGGAAUGCUGGAUGGAAGUACAAAGUUUUACUUUUAGUACUUGUAUCUUAUUUUAGGGGAUCUUAUAACUUCUAGGAUGCUUCUAGUCACUUUUGGUCACUUUUUGAUUAACACAAAACAACAAAUAAAAUAUAAACAUAAUGGCACAAAAGGAAGUUUGUCAAAUUAUCUGAAAGGCUUUCUGUCUUUCGUUCUCCAUGAUCAGAACAGACUGAGCGUCACUUAGAGAGAUCUGCUAAAUACAUUUAUCAGUCAGUGUGACAUCAGAUCAUUGUGUUUGUUUUAACAGACUGUUGGGCUUGUUGCUCCAGUUCCUCCUGUCUGGAUAAAACUUUGGAGGAACCAGGAGUUGUUUUAGUUCAGGGAAAAUCUGAAGCUGCAUCUUUGCUGUGACUUGCAUACUAAGUCAGAAACCCUGAAGUGAUUUUAGCUCAGUGAGAAGCAAAAGUUUACUUCCACAAAAAGACUUUUGUAAAAGCCCUAAAAUGCGUUGUGUUUCUUUAAAAAUCUUAAUGACCGAAUGAUUAUUUUUUCAGAUCUUUCAAAGUUUUGUUUUGACUUUGGCUGCUUUUUCACUUUUGUCAUUUUAGAUGAAUUAUGCCAGAUUCAUUGGAUGGACAGAUUGAUACUCGGAUGUUGGUUGGUUGGUUGGUUGGUUGGUUGGUUGGUUGGAUGGAUGAACCAUUGGAUGGUAUGAUGGACGGAUGGAUGCAUGGAUGGAUUAAAGAAUGGGUGGACAUACAAUUUGAUGGAUGGAUGAUUGGAUGGAUGGACGGACGGAUGGAUGGAUGGGCAAUAAAACAGAAAACCCCAAAAGUCUGUAAAUCAAAUAUUUUGUUUUUCUGAAAAACUGCCAGGUUUUUCCAGACUGAAAGUGAAAAUGAUUCCCUGUGGGUCGGAAACAUGAACCUGAAGGUCAUCAGACGGACGAUUCGUCUCUCAGGCUGGAUUUUUCUCUGAUUUCUAAAAGACAUUCUGAAACCAUCCAUCUGCUUUGGUUUGUCCAUUUCAGAAGGACAACGCCGUUAAAAACAAAGUCGGUCAGAAAGCAGCCAAAGUCUAAUGAAAACCAUGUAAGACUUCAGAACCACUUUAAAAGAUUACAAGGAAGUCUGGCUCCUUAUCCUAAAUCAUUCAACUCUGACUUUAAAUAGAAAAACUAAGACGUCAGUAUGAAAGAUGCCGUCUCUCAGUCUGUUUGCAUGUCAAGCAGAACCCGAACCACACAAAACGCAGGUAUUUUACUACGCUGUUUACAGAAAUUGAGUAAUCCCUUUACUGUUUUUUAAAACCACGUUUGAUGUGAUUUGUACUUAUCGCAGAGUCUGUCAGUCAAAAACAAGAAGUAGAAAAAAAAACAUCUGCUUGUUGGAGCUUCUGAUCUCUUAAGAUCAAAGUUUUGGUUUCAUUUUUUAUUUCAGGAGUGAUGGAGCCUUUCAUCUGUAAAUGUAUCGAGACGUUGGGCGUCACAGGGUUGACAUCUGCUGUACGGUUAAAAGUGCCUUGUUUCCUCAUGGAGCGACGAGAGGCUCACCUGUUCGGUGCACCAUGUGGAACUGGGUCAAAAACUGUGAGCUGGUUUCUGAUGCACAUUCAGGGUGAAAACUAAUAAACGUGUCUCAUAUCCACCGGAUGUCGACACUUCAUUUGGGUUUGUCAGGUGAUGAAUAAAUACUGGUUUUAAAGCUAAAGCUGA